AUGGAGAUCCGGCAGCACGAGUGGCUCUCGGCCUCCCCCCACGAGGGCUUUGAGCAGAUGAGGCUGAAAAGCCGCCCCAAGGAGCCCUCGCCGAGCCUGACCCGAGUGGGCGCGAACUUCUACAGCAGCGUCAAGCAGCAGGACUACAGCGCCAGCGUCUGGCUCCGGAGGAAAGACAAGCUGGAGCACUCCCAGCAGAAGUGCAUCGUGAUCUUUGCACUGCUGUGCUGCUUUGCCAUUCUCGUUGCAUUGAUAUUUUCAGCCGUGGACAUCAUGGGAGAGGAUGAGGAUGGGCUCUCAGAAAAAAAUUGUCAAAAUAAAUGUCGAAUUGCCCUGGUGGAAAAUAUUCCUGACGGCCUUACCUAUUCAGAAAAUGCACCAUUUCACUUAUCCCUUUUCCAAGGCUGGAUGAAUUUACUCAGCAUGGCCAAAAAGUCUGUUGACAUAGUAUCUUCCCAUUGGGAUCUCAACCACAGUCAUCCAUCAGCAUGUCAGGGUCAACGUCUUUUCGAAAAGUUGCUCCAACUGACUUCUCAAAAUGUUGAAAUCAAGCUAGUGAGUGAUGUAACAGCUGAUUCAAAGGUAUUAGAAGCCUUGAAAUCAAAGGGAGCUGAGGUGACCUACAUGAACAUGACUGCCUACAACAAGGGUCGGCUGCAGUCCUCCUUCUGGAUUGUGGACAAACAGCAUGUUUACAUCGGCAGUGCUGGUUUGGACUGGCAGUCCCUGGGACAGAUGAAGGAACUUGGUGUCAUCUUCUACAACUGCAGCUGCCUGGUCCUAGAUUUACAAAGAAUAUUCGCUUUAUAUAGUUCAUUAAAAUUCAAGAGCAGAGUACCUCAGACCUGGUCCAAGAGGCUCUAUGGGGUCUAUGACAAUGAAAAGAAAUUGCAGCUUCAGUUGAACGAAACUAAAUCUCAAGCAUUUGUGUCGAAUUCUCCCAAACUGUUUUGCCCUAAAAACAGAAGCUUUGACAUAGACGCCAUCUACAGUGUAAUAGAUGAUGCCAAGCAAUACGUGUACAUCGCAGUCAUGGACUACCUGCCUAUCUCCAGCACAAGCAACAAAAGGACUUACUGGCCAGACUUGGAUGGGAAAAUUAGAGAAGCGUUAGUUUUGCGAAGCAUUAAAGUUCGACUCCUUAUCAGCUUCUGGAAGGAAACUGACCCCCUCACAUUUAACUUUAUUUCCUCUCUUAAAGCUAUUUGCACUGAAAUAGCCAACUGCAGUUUGAAAGUUAAAUUUUUUGAUCUGGAAAGAGAGAAUGCUUGUGUUACAAAAGAACAAAAGAAUCACACCUUCCCUAGAUUAAAUCGCAACAAGUACAUGGUGACGGAUGGCGCAGCUUAUAUUGGAAAUUUUGACUGGGUAGGGAAUGAUUUUACCCAGAAUGCUGGCACAGGCCUUGUUAUCAACCAAGCAGAUGUGAGAAACAACACAAGCAUCAUUAAGCAACUUAAGGAUGUAUUUGAAAGGGACUGGUACUCGCCCUACUCCAGAACCUUGCAGCCCACCAAGCAGCCGAACUGCUCAAGCCUCUUCAAACUCAGACCCUCCUCAAAUAAAACUGUCACCUACAACGCAAGUGGAAAGGACCCCUAGAGUGUAUAGUCUGAAUGAACAAACUUACAGGACACCUUAUAUUUCACAUUUAUACAAAAAAGACUUGAGGAGAGAAAAAUAAUUUAAUAUGUCU